CACGCCCAUUCAAAAAUGCCCACUACCGGAUGAUCCCAAUCAUGUGGUAAUGCUGCCUUACGCCAACGACUGCCGCAAGUACUACACCUGCCAGAAUGGACAGGCUUAUGAGCAUCAGUGUCCGGCUAACUUGUACUGGAGCCAGUUGACCUACCGCUGCGACUACAAGGAGUACUCCAACUGCCAGCCCGAUGAGCCUGCCAAUCCAAUUAAUCCCUUUAAUCCUGUCAGUCCUGUUCCUUCAGUGCAAUAUAGCUCUUUCCCCGGCGACUGUAGUCGCUUCUAUGUAACUAGAGUCCUUCGCUGUGAGGAUGACCUUCAAUGGAGUGACCAAUAUCAGAGUUGUGUAGCGCCUCAAUUUUCCAACUGCGGAGUCGUAAUUCCAGUUCCGUCAUUUCCUCCUGUAAGCCCUGGAACUCCCAUGUGGCCAAAUGGUCCUGCUGCUACUCCACCUCCUUAUGACGGGACUAUUGCGGCUCCCCUGCCAAUUGAUCCAAAUGCUUUGUGCGGGAAUAGUUUGACCAAUGCCUACAUUCCAUAUCCUGGCGACUGUCACAAGUUUAUCAAUUGCGGACCAACUGCAACGGUGCUUACCUGUCCCGGUAACUUGUAUUGGACUCCCAUCACACUAUCCUGCAGUGUAUCAAGCGCUGGCUGCCAGUGA